AUGUUUUCUUUUAACCGGCUGGAUGUUCUAAGCUUGACGGUCGCCGAUGCCAUCUCUGGCUUAGGCGGCGAGUAUGACUUGCUUGCUGCAUCUCAUCGUGGUGUCAGACUGGACACUUUAUCUGGCGAUUUGAAUGUGCAACCGUCCGCCAGUGAAGAGAACCUUUCUGCCGGCUUCUGCCCUCCACCGAUCUCACACGGGCCUGUUGCUUCAAGCCUUAACUCAAGAAAGCAGUAUUCUGCAUGGCGCCCUUAUUCUGAUCUCAGAUCGACAUUUGCUUUUACCAUCUGUUCACAGCCUAUGCCGCUACUCUUCGAUACCCUCGACAUUGAGGUUCCAGGCUAG